AUGUCAACUUCAACAUCUCUUUCGCCGUCUCCUGCUCCUACCCUAUCACCCUCUCCCACUUCACCCGCCCAAACGCCGCCAUUUAAUCCCACCACGUUUUCAGCGCAGGCCCCAUAUCCUGAGCCGCCAGACGAGUUUGUCCAGGACCGCGUCAGGUAUGUUAACCGCGUAAUACUCGCAAAUAAAGGAUAUCACCCGGGUUCGUCUCACAUUUGGAAGUACGGCCUCCAAUACGUCCGAGGCAGUGAUACGAAAGAGGUGUAUUACUGCCACGAAUGUGCGGUUGGAAAGUACAAGCAAGAAUUGUUUGUUAUCAAUGGUACCUCUAGAGUCAGAAAUCAUCUUGAGAAGAAGCAUCGGAUUGACUCCCAGACUGGUAUCAGGAGGAAAUUUUGCACCCAGAAGUCAGUACUCGAUUUACAGAAAGAUGCUGCAGCUUCCAGCACCUUCUUCUGGAAGGACUCGGUUGAGAAGUUCAAAGAACUUUUGAUCCGCUGGAUUGUAUACUGCCACAUUGCUUUCUUUCAACUGGAGAAUCAGUAUUUCCGCGAACUCCUCUUCUUUCUGAAUCCGGCGUUAAUGAACCACCUUCCGAAGGCAGCAAGAACCAUUCGAAACUGGGUGAUGACUGCCUUCAAGUCAAAGAAGCAGCAGCUUAGAGAAGAUCUACAAGGUUCCCGAAGCAGAGUGUCAGUGUCCUUUGAUCUCUGGACGUCGCCAAACCCUUACGCUAUCCUAGGCAUCGUCGCCAUGUGGAUUGAUGCCGCCGGCAAGCGAAGGUCCACAGCUUUAGGUAUGCGUCGUGUCUACGGUGAGCACACUGGCGAGAAUAUUGGAUCAAUUGUUCUUGAAUUACUGAAAGAAUACAACAUCGACGGGGACUCAAUUGGAUACCUCAUGCUAGACAAUGCCUCGUCGAAUGACAUUGCAGUGGAAUUUAUACUCAAGGAGCUAUGCCCAUGGAUGGACUCAAAACAGCGUCGCCAUCGCCGGCUGCGCUGUCUGGGCCAUAUAAUCAAUCUCUGUUGCCAGGCGUUCCUCAUGGGUCGGAACUGUGAGAAAUUUCUUGCAAAGCUCGAAAAACAUCAUUUGCGCGGAGACUAUGCAAAAGUAGAGGAGCUCUGGAAGAAAUUUGGAUGUUUGGGUCGGCUCCACAACUUGGUGAGAUACAUCCGGCUUACCCCUCAGCGUCGCGAGGAGUUUGCUACAAUAGUGAUCGGCGGGGAUCUCUCUGCAUUUGAUGGGCUUGAGCUGAUCCAGAAUAACUCGACACGUUGGAAUUCGUGGUUUCAUUCAAUCACACGGGCAUUGAAUGUGCGGGAACGUUUAGAGCUCUUCUCCGCCCGCCACGUACCUGCGAAAGGCUCUCAAGGGAUUGCGAACUUCAAGCUAGAUGGGCAGCACUGGUUCGAACUCGAGAAGAUUGAACUCGCUCUAAGGGACUUCUAUGCUGCAACUUUACUCUCCGAAGGUAGGAAAAAGUCUCUUGCCGACUGGUUUUCGACCAUAGACUGCCUUCUUCGAGAGAUAAACGAGACGAAGGAUCAUUACUAUGACAUCCACACCGAGGAUGACAACAAUUUCACAUGGACGUAUCUUCAAAGCUGCGCGGACGCCGCCUGGUCGAAAUGCGCGGAGUACUACAACAACCACCAACUGAAUUGGCGGUGUCGAUAUCCCGACGACACUGACCUGCCGCCCGCGUACUACGCAGCUCAAAUUCUUGACCCUUAUCGAAAGUGGGCUUGGUUUAGACAAGAAUGGGUUCUUCCAGGCGACAAGGAGAAGCAGGAGUGGUUUGAUAACGCUCAGCUAGCCGUGAAAAAACUCUGGGAGACGGAGUAUAAGGGAAGGCACACUGUUGAGAUGCUGCCAUCAUCAGCUCGGAAGGAGAGAGAUCCGGACCCGGCCUUUGAUCGUCAAAGGGAACAUAAGCGUAUUCGAAUAGACGCCCCGGUCUCUGCAGCUGAUCUGUAUGAGCAAUACAUUUCUACAGACCGACUUCAUGACGAUGAGGCAGGAUGUGAUGAAGCCAUUGCUUACUGGUUGUCCCGCUAUGACUCGCAGAGAGACCUUGCUCGCUUCGCUCUGGACAUGUCUGCCAUCUCACCUAUGUCGGAUGAGUGCGAACGUCUUUUUAGUAGUGCCAAGCUUACUGUUCUUGAUCGCCGUGGCAGGCUGAAGGCUGAUAUUAUUGAGGCGUGUGAGUGUCUAAGGGCCUGGUUUGGAAAGCCAGAGGUUGAGAACGAUAGUGAGAGCGAGGACGGUAGGAAUGACGACGAUAGAUUCAGCGUAUCGCAGAUGUAA